AUGUCCCCUGCAAUGCCCAAGAAACGCAUUCCCAAAAAUGUAGCUGACUGUGAGCGUCGACCCUCUAUCAGUGUCACUACUCCGGCCGAUCAGGACUAUGCCAUCGCCAUGUUCGACGAGGCCAUGGAGCACAUGAACAAGAACAACAUCUUCCCCGAGGGUGUCCGCAGUGUUGCGUCCUUUGACGACUGGCGUCGCAUUCACGGCACCUUCCCCGUCGAGGUAUCCAAGCAGUAUCUCAACUACUUCGCAUCCACUAGCCGUGAUGCUUUGGGCAACCUUUCCCACGUCAACGUCGUAAUCGGUCUGUGGCACGCCUUCUGCGCCGCUUGGAAACGAAUCUCGGGGAAGAAACUGCCCAACUACAUUCUCAACGACGGUAUCGACUGGUGCAACAGCAUACAGGGAGUCAUCCAGCUUCCCAACCAUUCACCACAGCGUGCUUACAUGCACCGCGAAGCCCUCCAGGCCCUCUCAUUUGAGAUCUGGAAGGAAAAGUAUCCCCUUUCACUCCGCGAGCGGGUCUCCAUGACUACCUUCCUUGCCCUAGGAAUCGAGACCGGUGUGAAGGGUGGCUCCAUCCUCAUGCCCAAGGCUUCAUACAUCAAGCAACUUCAACUUCAAGCCCAGGGCCAGUCAAUCCUUGGCCGUAUCGACCGACAGGCAUCCCGUCACCUCACCAUCGGCUCAUGCUACGGCAACUUUGUCAUCCAUGUGAUCAAACGGUUACCAAUUAAUGGCAUGCUGGGCCCGAACCUGCUUGUCGGUUACUACACCCCCACCUGGGCCAAGGAACGCACUGGGAAGCCUGCAAUUUCCAAGGACGAAGCCAAUCGCCGUCGCAAGCUCAAGCGUUCUCGUCGUCCCAAGUCCCACGUCAUUGGUCACCAACCAGUGCUGAGUCAGGACGCACUGGUCCUCGUGCUCAUCUCACUUGUACUGGAUGGCGGCCUCACCGUCGAGCAACUCGAUGAGGUUUUGCAUCCCAGGUUUGUUGGUGACAAAACCUGGGUCACAUUCGAGGUUCCUGAAGCCUACCGUUCACUCCCGGUGUUUUUGCAGACCGAUGGUAAACCUAUCUCGACCCCAUGGAUGACUCGUCGUCUGGAGAAGAUGUCCCUGGAGCUCGGCUUCCAGCGUCUCACCACCGCCAUGCGUUUCCGUCACGCCCAUGCCCAACCUUUCAAGUCUCACAAAGUCGCGGUCAAUGAUAUCCCUCACCUCGUCAACCUUCUCAAGGAAGCCAGGGGACGUGGCAAUGAUGUCGCGUCUAUUGAAGAAUGUGGAUACAUUCAGCCAGAAGACCAAACCAUCGCAGAGGCCCUGGAAGCUUUGAAGGAAUGGACCCUCGUGGAUCUCUCAACUCCGACGAAUCUCAACAAUGAGCAGAUUGACAACGUGCGACAGGCUACCGCCGCUCGCAAUGCUCAACUGGAGGCCGCCAGGCAGGACCCCACUGCCACUGAUGAAGUCGUCAGGGACUUUGAGUGGAUUUACCAUGCGGCGAGUAGGCAAGCAUUCCGUGCUGUGCUUCUUCAAUCUCGAGAGGAGUACUUCAAGGCUAGGCCGGACGACUGGAAGACCACUCGGGUCACUGACGUCGACGACCCCAGUCAGGCAUAUGGCAAGUGGGAUGAGUGGCGCCUUGCUCUCACCGGGCUCUCGUCCGAUGCCUCAGCCCUCUUAAAGCUGCUCCAGCUCGCUCAGAGGGCCCGCAACUUUGACGCCCCCCAAGUGAACCCCUUCUAUGACCUUUUCGAUGACAGCAGCGACCGUCGCUACGAGUGUGGCUACAUUUGGGACUCUGAUCCUGAGGCCGAUGACGAUGUGGAGACUGAGGGAGAGAGCGAGACGGACGGGGAAUAG